UCGGCCCGAGGAGAUCUGCACGGGCCCGGCGCCGCGGCAUCCGGCCUGCGCCCGCUCCCCCCCCGCCCCCCUCGAGACCGGGCGCCGCGGCCUCGAGGGCGCCCCCAGGCAGGCAUGCUGGCCGCCCUGGAGGCGCAGCGCCUGCGCCUGCGGCCGGUGGAGACGGCCCCCGCCGCGGCCGCGGCCGCCACGGGCACCGGGGAGGAGCUGCCCGAGAAGGAGCAGCAGCGCAUCCGGCAGGAGUUCUUUGCGGCCGGCCUGGAGAAGUGGGCCACUCUUCGUUCAAACACUAUCCUGUUCUCCACGGCGGCACUGCAAAGUGUGGAUCCCCUCAGGGUGCGCUUUGGCCAGGGUUCCAGAUGGGGGGGGUCUGGCCAAGGCGACGAGACACCCUCCCCCUCUCCCGGGGGCCAAGGGAGGGCUGAACAAGUCCAAGCGGUACGCCUCCGGGUUGCGCAGAGACGGCCCCCCCCCAGGCUUGUCGAGGCCAGCUGGGACUGCUUAGGGGGGGGGGGGCUGUCUGUGCGCAACCCGAAGCCCGCAGCUCGAUCUCUCCAGCCUCGUGGCGAGGUGGCUUCCCCUGGUGGCGGACCUCAGCUUCCCGAGCAAAUCGCUGCCGCUGUCGCGGGAGGCGUGCGAGGCGCUGCUUGCGGCCGACGGGGCCACCGCGGACGCGGCCGCCGCGGGGCUGGCCCGCGGCAUCGACGAGGCCAUGGACGAUUGCGGCUGGGACCGGGUGUUCGUGAAGCUCUCCACAAGGUCCCCCAAGGACGCGCCGAAGAUCCUGGAGAGGGCCAGAGAGGCCUUCCGGGCGCGUGAGGGCUCUCAGCUGCCGCUGCAGGAGCGUGCCCGCCUGCUUGCCGAGCUGGUGCAGCAGCAGUUCGGGGUGAGCUCAGGCGCCGAGGCCCUGGAGCUGCUCACGUCCUCGGCGCGGGUGCGGGAGGACCUGGAGUACGCCCUGGAGGCUCCGUGCUACGAGGAGCUCAAGCUCCACGUCGUGCUGCGCCGCUACGAUGGCGCGCUCCCGAUCGCCAGCGAGUUCCGCGGCAUCGUCUGGGGCGGCGCGCUGAACGCCCUCGGCCAGUACUACCACCCGCUCGUGUUUCCGGAGCUCCAGGGGCAGCGCGAGCGCAUCGAGAGGGACCUGCGAGAAGUGCACAAGAAUCUGCAGCCCAAGCUGAGCGCAGAUGGAUUCACACACUGCAUCAUAGACUUUGCUUGGCUGGGCCCUGGUAAAGUCCGUGUUAUUGAAAUCAAUCCGUUCGACGGGGUCGCUUUAGGUUGCUUCCCAGGUUCUACAGGACUCUUCCGCUGGGAUGAUGAGGAUGACCGGCGAACAAUUACGCAUGGUCCGUUCCAAUUUCGCAUUCGGAAGGAACCUUUGAGCGACAGUGCUCUCAAGCUCAAUCUGAACACCACCUGGAGAGACAUCGUAGCUCCACAACCUCGCCAUUGGCGGGCAAGUGCUGCAAAGUCUUCGCAUGCUGGUCCAGCCUAGCCGCUCCCGCAUGACUGGAACUGCCUGGUUUUCCCGCACGCGUCUCGCAUGCCAGUGUGGUCGACAGCCUUCCGUGUACAGAUCGAAGGUUGUUUGCCCGAUGGUAUUUUGAUGCGCGCAUUGAUCAAGAAGAGCGUGGUAAUUAUAGCGUUGGCAGAUAGCAGCGACCAGCGCAAAACAUAUGUCUCUUCUCUGGUCAGGUCGGUGUGACGUCUGCCUGCCUGGUUGUCUGGGCUGGGGGAGGGCCGUCUCGCUGCGCUGUGCCGCCAGACCAGUUGUAAUGACGACUUGGCGUCGCCAGACACCCCUGCGUUCUUCAUUAGACACCUCUCCUCCUUCAUUCAGCACCCUUGCAUUCUGCCCUAUACACAA